CGACACAACACCGGAACCUUUGCUGUGUAGUAGGCGUACUCUUACGGAACAGUUUUACUCAAACGCCAUCAUGGCAGCUCUGAUGGAAACACGCGUGCAGAUAUCUGGAGACAAUGCAGAGCCUCAGUUUGACAAUGACAAUGACCAUAGUGAUUCUGUUGGAGAGAGCGACGGUGAAAGGUCAGAUGAUGAAGGGAGCGAUAGAGGAGAAAAUGAUAAAGACAGUGAUGGAAGCAGUGAUGGGGAGGAGGCCGAGGAUGAGGAGGGGGAUGACAAUAACGCCAAUGCUGGAUGGGCAGAAGCCAUGGCAAAGAUCCUGGGGAAGGAAACCCCUGAGAGCAAAACCAGCAUCCUGGUGAAGAACAAAGAGCUUGACAAGAUGAAGGAAAAAGAAAGACAGGAGCAGCUGGAGAGAAAGAAGCAGGUUGACAAGAAGCGAGCAUGGGAGAUGAUGUGCAGGGAGAAACCUGACAUUGUGAAGGACCGGGAGACCGAAAGAGCUCUACAAAGAAUUGCUACCAGGGGGGUGGUGCAGCUGUUCAACGCAGUGAGGAAACACCAGAAAACAAUUGAUGACAAGGUGAAGGAAGUUGGUGGCUCAGAGAGGAAGAAGGCAAAGUUUCUUUCGUGUGUCUCUAAGAAAGACUUCAUUGAUUUGCUAAGAAAGACGGACGGAGGCAAAGGAGUCACAACCAAGACUGAAAAGAAUGCUGCCGCUGCAGCAGAGGAGAAGCCCGCCUGGAGCGUCCUUAGAGACGACUUCAUGAUGGGAGCCACCAUGAAAGACUGGGACAAAGACAGUGACAGAGAGCAGCCUGAUACACACUCACAAGGGGGGAUGGAGGAAAGUGAUUCAGACUGACACCAUCCAACCAAACUUAAGGGACUGUGUACACUCAGCUGUGAUGCCUUCAGGGAAAGUCUGGGAAACAGAAUCCCUGACAUGCAGAGGACAGCUUAAGCCUCAGGAACGUCCUUAACAUGUCUGCGUCUGGGAAUGAAUACAUUGGAAAAUAAUAACAGAUCCCCCGCUCUUGAGCAGUUUGUUGACUGCACAAAAAGGAUAGAGAAAAUCUGGAAAUAGUCCUUUACUCAUUGUGCCCUCAAGAAAACAUUCUUAGAACAUCUCACUGUCUGAUAUUUGUUGCUGAAUAUUUUGUGCUGACAGGAGAAAGAUUUGUGACUAUAAACACACUGUGCUUUAAAGACAUGAAAAAACUAAUAUGUGGAAAUAGAAUGUGACAGAUAUUGAGCCUGGAGGAACUCAAAGAAACUCCUCGCUCUGUGGACUGGUACAAAAUGAGCUCCUGCCUUCCAUCAUGGAUUCAGCAUCAAUCUGCUCCCAUUUUGUCUACUAACUAUAAUGUAAUUGAAUGACCUGCAAUGAUGUAAACUCUGUAAAUAGAAAUGUUUUGUACAGCGCUGGUUGAAUAAACAGCUGAUCCAUG